GGCGAUCAGAGAUUGAAGGGUAAGCGACAUCGACUUCGAGAAAGUACCUACGGUUAAAAACGAAACCAAAAACAAGGUAAGUCUCUCUCAAUGGCUUGGGAACUAUUAUUGAAAACUUGAAAUUAGUUGCUGAAAUUGCAGGAAUCAAAGGAGGCCACUAUUUUCACCAUGUUCCGGGUUCUCAGCAAGCAAAUAUUUAAACCUGCGGGUGUCCGCCACCACCACCACUAUCCUCUCAGAGUCUCCUUGCCUAGGGAGAUUGGCACUGCGCGGGUGAGCUAUAAGGUUUAAUAGUUCAUAUAUCAUAAACAGUUCUAACAAGGCAGAACAGCUGCGCAAUACCAAUAUCAAUAAUACCUUCAACAAUAGUUACUCUACUACUCGUGAAAAUGGCCCAACCUCUUCUACAGCGGGCUCUCAGUUGCCUGAUCUUUCAGGGUUGGAUACAAGGGAAUUAUUUAGGCACCUAGUCCUGGUGAGUGUGGAAGAUAUCCUUGGGUCCUAAAACUAUGCUGAUAUUUGGUUAGUCACAAACUUUACUAUUCCGUGAAAUUGAUCGCCUUGCAGGUGGUCCAGGAGAGAAGAAUCAGGUGAAAGACUCUCGAAACUGGUUGGGUACGAAACUUAGGAGCACAGGUGCCGAGAUGGGUGGACAAUCCAAAGAUACGUGCGAUAGUUGUAGUAGGGUUUCGCGCGGAGGGCGGGACAGAAAACGGGAUGAAGGAGGAGAAUGGGACAAAACAGACAUUAUGCUAUAUAUAGUAUACUUUUUCCUUGGCCCAUUGUGUUUGUACCAAAUGUUCUAUCCUGAAUGGGAGGAAUAUUGUAAGCGGAAACAGAAGCUGAGGCAGCAUGAUGGGUGUGUUAAGGCCUGUUUGCAUGGAAAGACCAAUAACACUUAGAUAUGUAUAAUAGUCAAAGUGGUAAUGCAGAUUCAAUCAGAUGUGUUGUGAUCUCAUUUAUUUGUAUACUGGACUACUUUCUGUAGGACAGUAAGCAAAAUACAUAAAUUAUUUUUC